AUGAGGAGAACGAAGGUACUAACAAAUAAAGUUUUCGGGCUGAUACUGAUACAAAUGAAAGGAUGUGCACCGGGAGAUCGAUUCAAGCUUCCUGCGUUUAUCAAAGCCCGCAGUUCAGAAUUGACGUCGACCUAUUUGCAUUUGACAUCAGCCGACAAGAAUCACCUGCGGGAGAAUAUCAACACAUAUCGCCAGUCACGUGUGAAGGUCACACGUGCAAACCCUAAGACACUACAAAAGGACGUGAAUGCAACAUUCAAAACAAUGCAGACGGAGUGGGCUAGCAUCCAAGCGCGAACAGGCCUCGAGGGAAUGUAUAUUGCAGUUCGCGGUGAUGUCGAGCAAUACCACGAACCCAAACUAUUUUAUACAGCAAAGGUCGGGUCAUUCAUCAAGGACGUUCUCGGCAUGGAACCAAAGCGCUUUGCACUCAAAGUCGAGUCCUGGGUAGUCGGAGACUUUGGUAAGAAAAAGGCAUACAAUAAACAUGACAUACUCAACUUUCAUGUAGAUAGUGGUGGCACAGUCAACCGACGACUGUCAUUAACAAAACUCAUUAGCCUAUGCCGCCAGCUCAUCCAGGACGGACUUGGUACGUCGAGCCAUAAUUCUUUCCAGGUACAUUUCCUGAGAUUAGUCAUACAGAUAUCGUUCUUCCCACUUUGA